AUGCAGAUUACAUCUAUUUUUAUAUUAAUUGCUGUAACUUUUGCUAGUUUUACAUUAGCUCAAGUACCUAUUCCAUCACGUCCUGAUGGAUGGGGAGUUGGUGGUCCAGCUGAUGCACAUGCUGUUAUAGAAAUGUUUUUGGAUCCACUUUGUCCAGAUUGUAAAGCAACAUGGUCAACUAUUUUAGAAGUUGUUCAAGCAUAUGGAACAAAAAUUCAUUUUCGCAUACAUACAUUUCCACUUCCAUAUCAUACAAAUUCAUUUGUAGUUUCACAAGGUGUACAUGUUGUUGCUAAUGCUACAACUCGAAAUUUAGAUGCUAUUUUUCAAUAUGUAACUCAAGUAUUUCAAUAUCAACAACUUUGGUCUAAUGAUGCAACAAAAUCUAUGACAAUGACACAAGUUAUCGAUUCACUUGCAUCAUUUGUUGAUAAAAUUGGUAUAGUAACAAAAGAUAAGUUUUUAGCAGGAAUUGCUAGUGAUGAUCUUAAUGAAGAAACACGUAUUUCAUGGAAAUAUGCUUGCUCACGUGGUAUUGUUGGUACACCAACAUUUCUUAUUAAUGGUGUAGCAACAAGUGCUGAUGCAUCAUGGUCAUUGGCUGAUUGGAAAUCUGUUAUUGAUCCUAUCUUAUCAUCAAAUGAAGAAAUUUCAUCUGAAGUUAAAACUUGUCCAUCCGGUCAAGUUGAAUGUACCUACGCCCCACAUAAAACUCAAUGCUGUUUAAAAGGUGAACGUUGCAUUACAAAUGUUGGUUGUCGAUGUUUUAAUUUGAAAAAUGGCAAUAAAUGUUUUUAA